AUGCAGCCAGGUGAACACUCAACACUGAGCUCGCCAACGGAGAGCUUUGAAAACAUCUACCUAGAUCUUUCCAAACAACCCGGCAAGUGUAAGCUUGCUGAAAGUGGCUUGGGAUGGAAGCCGUCGGGAGGAGGCGACACGUUCACACUCGAUAAGAGCAAUGUCGGAGCUGCCCAGUGGAGCCGUGCGGCAAAAGGCUAUGAGUUGAAGAUUUUGCCGCGCACUGGCGGUGUUAUACAGCUCGAUGGCUUUCAGCAAGAGGAUUUUGAGAGAAGCAGCAAAGCGUUCAAGCUGUGGUAUGGCGUCAACCUUGAAAAUCGAGAACAUGCCCUGCGAGGAUGGAAUUGGGGAAAAGCAGAUUUCGGGAAAGCAGAAUUAUCUUUCAACGUCCAGAACAGACCCGCAUUUGAAAUUCCAUAUUCGGAGAUAUCAAACACGAAUCUAGCGGGGAGGAAUGAGGUGGCGGUCGAAUUCUCACUUCCAGCUGACGGCACCCCUAACGGACCCAAUGGGCAACCCGGAAGCAACAAAAACCGCGGCAAGAAAGCCGGUGCAGGGAAAGACGAGCUUGUCGAAAUGAGAUUCUACAUUCCUGGCACUGCAGUCAAGAAGGAUCAAGCCGACGCCGACGAGAAGAGUGUAGAUGGGGAAGAAAUCGAAGAGCAAAACGCUGCAAACCUCUUCUACGAGACCCUGAUGGAUAAGGCUGAGAUUGGCGAAGUCGCUGGGGACACGUUCGCUACCUUUCCUGAUAUAUUACAUCUUACUCCAAGAGGACGGUUCGACAUCGACAUGUACGAAAAUUCACUUCGACUACGCGGCAAAACAUAUGAUUAUAAGAUCCAGUACCAAUCGAUUAAGAAAUUUUUCUUAUUGCCUAAAAAUGACGACACGCAUACGUUGAUUACCGUUGGAUUAGAUCCCCCUCUACGACAGGGUCAGACACGCUACCCAUUCCUCGUAAUGCAGUUGAAAUUGGACGACGAAUACAAUCUCGAUCUCAAUAUGACUGAUGAACUGCUCCAGACACGCUACAAAGACAAACUUCAAGCUCAUUACGAGGAACCGAUUCACUUGGUGAUGACGAAGGUUUUCCGCGGGCUCUCCGGAAAGAAAAUAAUCAUGCCGUCCAAUGAUUUUACUAGUAACCACAAUCACAACGGAAUCAAAUGCUCGAUCAAAGCGAACGAAGGCCUCCUAUAUUGCCUCGACAAAAGCUUCAUGUUUGUUCCAAAGCCCGCAACCUAUGUCCAAAUUGACAAUAUAUCGGUUAUCACCAUGUCCCGUGUUGGCGGCGCCGUCUCAGCUAGUCGAACUUUUGAUAUAACGAUGAGUCUUAAAGGCGGCGGCGAGCAUCAGUUCAGCAACAUCAACAGAGAGGAGCAAAAGCCAUUGGAGGCGUUUUUCAAAGCCAAAAAUAUACGGUUUAAGAAUGAAAUGGCUGAAGAUACAUCGACACUCCUCGCUGCAGCACUUGAUAACGAUGAGCUUAUGGAGUCCAGCGACGAGGAGGUCUCUGGCGCUCACCGUGGGUCAGCCGACGAAGACGAAGAAUCUGUUGAUGAAGACUUCCAGGCUGAGUCGGAAUCCGAUGUGGCUGAAGAAUAUGACUCUGAGCAUGAAAGUAGUGGCAGCGAUGCCACAAUGGAUGAUGCUGACGAUGACGAAGAAAAGGAGAGACCGAAAAAGAAGAGCAAGUUGGAUAAGUGA